CGAAAACUUCCGUGAUUUCAUAGAAUAUCUGGGUUUAUGCUUUUGGCAAUCAUAAACUGUACAAAAGCUCGUUUAUCUCCAUGUUCGAGAAUGAAAACACAUUCGCCAUGUUUCUUCCUAACUUUUCAUGAAACAAUACACUAAUAAAUCGAUGACUCUGCAAAUCGAAUGUGUUAUGCAGACAUCAAUUCAUCAAAUUCACAAAAACAUGGCGAAGACAAAACACAUUUCCCCCUAUUCAAAAGGAGAUAAUACUGAAAAGAUUGAAAAAUACUGCAUAACGGUUGCACACGUGAUUCUGGGCCCAGUUCUAAUUGCUGCAGGCCCGAGUCAAGAGGCCAUCUCUGUUUCGCGACAAGACUCUCGACUGAAAGCUGCCGAGUUGAAGGAUCACAAGUCCAACGAAGGGUCGGCCCUUCUACUGUUGGGCUCUAUUUCCCCGAAGUGAAUCCGCCUCCAGGAGACCCUUUUGCAAUGCAACGAUAAUGAUCAGACUUUCAGUACUUAUUUAAAUUAAGGUGGCUCAUUCUUUAGUAAAAAUUAAUUAACCAUCAUUGUUUUCAAUUUGAAAACUUUGGGGAUAUCGACACUGACAAAAUUGACUACCUAUUCAUUGCAUUGUAGCAGUAUUUAGGCCUUAUUGAAAUCAUGAUACAGCAACUAUUCAAUCCGAUACAUGAAUCGAUACGUUCAGUUCACCAUUGAAACGCGAAAUUGGUAUGUUCACGGUUACUUACCGUGGAUUAUGCU